GCCGCAUCCCAAUCCUGAUCCCGCCCCGUCCAAAUCACAAUCACGGGUGAGAGAGAGAGAGAGAGAGAGAGAGAGAGAGAGAGAGAGAGAGCCCGGGACGUAAUCCCGACAGAGAGAUCGAAGCCACGAGAGCGGCGGCGAAACUGGGAUUCUUCUCGGCGGCGGACAACCAUUGAUUGGCUGAAUCCGCAAAAGCUCAUUGAUUUGACAGGCGAAAAGGGGGAGGGCAACAAUAAUCUAGAAGAUUCUCCAAAAAGCUUCCGGCUUUCAGCGGGCGGCGGCGGCGAUGGUUCUUCCCAUGGACCCGCAGGUUGUGGCGGCGCAGAGCAACUGGGUGUCAGCGGUGACGCCGCUGCUGAAGCUGCUCUGCCUGGCCGUCAUCGGCCUGGUGCUCGCCAACCCACGGACGCAGAUCGUGCCCAAGGCCACCUUCAAGCUCCUCAGCAAGCUCGUCUUCGCGCUCUUCCUCCCCUGCCUCAUCUUCGUCCACCUCGGCGAGUCCGUCACCCUCGACAACGUCCUGCAGUGGUGGUUCAUCCCUGUCAACGUGCUCCUCAGCACCGCCAUCGGCUGCGCCCUCGGCUACGUCGUCGCGCUCAUCUGCCGCCCCCCGCCGCAGUUCUUCAGGUUCACGGUCAUCAUGACCGGGUUCGGCAACACGGGGAACCUCCCCAUCGCCAUCAUCGGCUCCGUCUGCCACACCGCCGACCACCCCUUCGGGCCCGGGUGCCACCGCAAGGGGAUCGCCUACGUCUCCUUCGCGCAGUGGGUUGCCGUCAUCCUCGUCUAUACCUUGGUGUACCACAUGAUGGAGCCGCCGAUGCAGUACUACGAGAUCGUCGGGGAGGGGAACGAGAUCAAGGAAGAGCCUGAGGAACAGGUCAGCAACUUCAGCCGCCCCCUGCUCCAGGAAGCCGAGUGGCCGGGGAUGGCUGACAAGGAAACGGACACCUCCAAGACACCCUUCAUCGCCAGGAUUUUCAUGAGCAUUUCAGGCUCCUCGCAGGCUACGUUUCCUGAUAUCGAUUUCACGGAAGAGGGGGGAGUUUCUGGUGCUGGACCGAGCAGCCCCAAGUCACUUCGGUGCUUGGCAGAGCCAAAAGUGGUGAGAAGGAUGAGGGUUGUUGCCGAAAAGACUCCGAUUCAGCAUGUUCUCCAGCCGCCAACGAUCGCCUCCUUGCUUGCCAUUAUCAUCGGCAUGGUCCCUGUAUUCAAGGCUUUCGUGUUUGAGCCUGAUGCGCCGCUUUCGUUCUUCACCGACAGUCUGGAGAUAUUAGCUGCUGCCGUGGUUCCCUCGGUGAUGCUAAUUCUAGGAGGCAUGCUUGCUGAAGGACCAAAUGACAACGCCCUGGGUAUCCGGACUAUCGUCGGUAUAAUUGUCGCAAGGCUUCUGAUUCUCCCAUGCAUCGGCAUUGGUGUCGUGACGCUAGCGGACAGGCUGCAUCUGCUCGUCGAGGAUGACCGCAUGUACCAGUUUGUGCUUGCACUGCAGUACUCGACGCCUAGUGCCAUCCUGCUUGGAGCCAUUGCGAGCCUCAGGGGUUACAGUGUUAAGGAAGCAUCAGCGCUCCUCUUCUGGCAGCACAUCUGCGCAGUGUUUUCUCUUUCCAUAUACCUGAUUGUAUAUUUCAAGCUGUUGUCGUACAUCUGAAAGAUGAUUGCCUGCCUUGCAAUCCAGGCAAUAGCAAUCCUUAUGGGAGGCGAUGCCCAAGAUAAGUAGUAGUACUUUAAUUGAUUAUCAGCCACGUCUGCUUGUGGUUCAGUGUAUUCAUAAAUUGCUAAUUAUUUGUAUUUCUUGCAUGUAUUAUUUGAGAACAGGAGAUAUGGUUUUUGUUGUUAAUUAUAGUCGGUAUAUUGAUGGUGUA